AUGCAAACAGUAAUAGCUGUAAGAGAUCAGAAAGAUUCAACAAAUUUAACAGGCAAUGAAGGAAAGAAGGUGUGCAGAAUAAAUGACUAUCAUUUUUGUCAAGAUAAGUCAGAGGAAAACCUUAUUAUUAUGCCUCUAAUUGGCAGUAAUCUUUAGUAAAUUAAAGAAUUUUAUCCUCAUUAAGUAAUCGACCAUCAAAGUGUAUUUGCCAUUGCUAUCAGAGCAAUAGAGGAGUUAGAAAAAUUUCACGAAACUGGAUUUGUUCAUGGCGAUAUUAAACCUGAAAAUAUUCUAAUAGGAACAUAAAAAAUAAAAUCAAAAAGUCCAAGAAACUUGGAAGUACAAUUUUUAGACAUACCUAAAGCAAAGAGCGAUCAAGAUAUAACUAAAUUUAUAGAAUUUAUUCAGAGGAGAGUAGGGUCUUCAUUAAAUGAGCUAUAAAAUUAGGCGAGUCUUGGUCUAUAAUUUUUUUCUGAUCAAUAAUAAACUGGGACAUUCACAUCUUUGUUAAAUCUAGAUCUUGCAAGAGAAAAUAUCGAAUAUAAUAAAGAAAAUGAAAACAAAAUGGACUAAUCUGAUAUUGUAUAAUAAGAAUUAUUUCUGAUAGACUUUGGAGCAGCUUAAAGUUAUAUCACUGUCAAGUCAGAUGGUAGAACUUAACAUAUUGAAAAAUAGCAAUUGGAUGACAUCACGUGCACUGUGUAGUUUGCUAGCAGAGAUUAAAUGUAAGGAUUCACGCUUUCAAGAAAAGAUGAUCUGGAGUCUUUAUUUUAUACUAUACUUAGCCUGCUAUCAAUUCCAUUAAGAAAACUUGUUGAUGUGGACUUGCAAAAUUUAAUUCAUAAAAGUAUUCCAUAAGACUAAUCCAAAGGUUAGUAGGAUUUAUUCAAGUAUUUCAAUCUCAAACAAAGAAUAAAUGAAAAGCUUUUUGAAGAUUUGAAAAUUCCAAAAUGUCUUCAAAAAUUCUGGAGUUAUUUGAAAGUUUUAAAAUUUGAAGAGAGUCCAAACUAUUCAAAAUUAAUAGAAUAUUUCAGGUCAGAGAUUAAAAACAAUUAGAAUCCUUUAGAAAUUGUAAGACCUGAAAUAUUAGAAAGAGAUCCUACUUGGUAGAGGUUCUGUUUCUGCCUUUAGAACUCAAUGAGGGUGAAUGAAGUUUAAGAGUUUGAGAUGCCAUAUUUUCCAAAUAUUAAUUAAUAGUCAGCCAGACAGCAAGUAUAAAGUGAAUAAUAAAUUAAUAAAAGCGAGCCAAUUAUGGUAAUAGGAUAAGAGGUUAUCUCUUCACUAGAUUUCGGGUUUGAAAUCCUUGAUGAGAUAGAGGAUAAUUUUUUGCCUCCAUUAAAUAAUAUCCUAACUCAUACCUGUUAUACUAAAUCAUCUAAAUUACUGAGAUAAAAAGGCCUAGGGGUUUUGCUUGUCGCCUUCUGA